UAGAUGCUUGAGGUACUCUCAAAGGAUGGAAAUUCAUUGAAGCAAAUUAAAAGGAACGACGCAAAAGUUAUUUCAAAGAACGGCGAGAAGAAGAACCCAUUCCUAAAUUGCUGCCAUAAUUGAAAAUAAUCAAGCCGGGAUUGUAAUCGGGAACGGGGCAAGCAGUAGCGUGAAGAAUAAACUGCACUCAAUUGAGAUAAUUGAAAAUUUCCUGACUCCUGCUGUUGCUGCUGUUGUGUGUCGUCAGUUGACGUCGUCCUUGCUUUGCUGACUGCUGACUGAAGUUGAAUCUGUGAAAUCUCCCGGAGAAGGAAGCACAUAAAAAGAUGAACAUACUGGUAAUAUCGUUCCUGGCGCUAGCGUCGUUGACGACCUUCCCCACGCAGACGCUCGGAACGCCAGCCGCGGCCGCCGCCGACGUGUCCGACCCGAAGAAAUCGCUAGCCGCUGCCGAGGCGGCACAACCCGUCAACGAUAAUGCCCUGAAGGAGAUUUGGCAGGAGGACGACCGCGAGGUGCUGAUCCGGAACGAACGGGGCACCAAGAACGGCGGAGCCGCUGGUAAGAAAGACCGCAAAAAAGACAAACACUCCAACUCCUCACCAUCAUCAUCAUCUUCAUCAUCAUCACCUUCCUCCUCGGCGACCCUCCAGAAACUCAAACAACAAAACUCAAAAUCCAAACCCGACACCAACCGACAGCAGAACUCGCAGUGCCGAUACACCAAGGGACCGUGGACUGAGUGCGAAGCCAAAUCCAAUACCCGCUCCAGAACGCUUUCGCUGAAGAAGGGUGAACAGUCUUGCGUCCAGACCCGCACCAUUCAGAAGAAGUGCAAAAAAGCCUGCCGUUACGACAAGGGAGCCUGGUCCGAGUGUGCCCCCACCGGUCAGAUGUCCCGUACCGAUAGUCUGAAAUCGAGCAGCGACGCUACCUGCCAGUCGACGCGAGUGGUCAACAAAAACUGCAAUCAGGGCAAGUCGAAAGACAAACAGAACAAAUCGCCAAAGGCCGAAAAGAAGGAGAAAGGUCUCCGCAAGAACCGUCAGUAAAUGACGUCAGCGUUUAUUUUGCUUAAGUCAUCAUCACCGUCAUACUAGAUUUUAAAAAAACAACGCAUGAUCAUCGUUCAACUUCCACAAGAACAACAAAAACCUAGCAAACAAACAAACAAAAAAUCCUGCGCUAAUCCAUUAUUGAGCCAACGCAAGCUGUAUUGAAUGAGAGUUUCAUCCGAGAAUUGCCAAAACACUGAUCGUCUUCGCGCGAAUGACACGUAUCUUCCGUACAGUGCUGCAAGAGGCCAAAUUCAGCAGCACACAAAAAAAAUGCAAGAGCAUGAUCAGUUGAAUCUAACUUAUCAUGAUAGCCGAUAAAUAUUGAAGUUUAGCUGAAUCAAAUUUUAACUGUGAAAUCUAAACACGUAUACAUACACAUGAACAGCGAAAACACACAUACAUACAUACAUAAGAACAAGCAAACACUUACACUAGCGGAUUGACAGAUACACGUGACGAGUGAACGUUAAUUACGAGUUCAUACAAGUAAACAACCAACAAAAACAAAACAAAACACAUUCAUAUAUUCGUUUUAAUUGACAUUUGUAAAGUAAGCAAACUUAAAGCAGUUGAUUAAGUUGAACAAGAAGAGUAAAGGACAUGCCGAAAAAACUCGAAAAUAAACUUACGUGUUAAAUAAAAUUUAUUAUAGAUAUUAAAUAAAAAGAGCAAGUAACAAGAAAACCAGAACAAACUUAAACUGAACGGCAGAAGCUAGAACACGUUCACAGAAGAUCUGAGAAACGAAUAAAAUCAAAAAGGAAAACCUGGUAGAAGAUCAACGACAAAAAAAAAAUGCCCGUAAUCAAAAUGAAAAUACUAAAAAGAAGUAAGUUCUCUUCCCGAUUCUAGGAGCCAAACUACAACCAAAACUGUUCGCUAUUCUAUCCGAAAGCAGCGAAGAGAAGUGCAGCAAACUGUAACCAUUUCGUGAAUUGAUUCCAUUACCUAAUUAGAGUAGAUGAGGAAAAAUUAUACAGCAAUUUGCGCUAGAGCCAAGUUAUAGAUAAAUUGUCAAAUUGUUAUCACCAAUAGUAACGUGUAUAUUCUACCAACAGGCACACACACAUACACAAACACGCUAUAGAACAUCCAAUAUUUGAAGUUCCGAUUGGCACCCGUUUCCAGUUUUGCAGCAAACAAAAGUUUCGUUUCAACUCCGCUUCCGUAGCUAUGCCCAGAUCUGCACCUUGUUCAGUAGUUUGACCCCCCUUAUCCCCCGCCCUAACCCAACCUUAACCCAUUCACAGCUCUCUUGUAUGUUUGAUGUUCGACGUUGAUAACUUGUAAAAUCGAAAUUAAAAUGCCAUUGGGAGAAAACCAAAUUUAAGAAAACAUGUGAGUAACGGUAAAGAACAAAAAAAAAGUACAUAUUGAAUUGCAUGUUUUCAAAAAGAUAAAUACGAAAUGGCAUUAACAUUAACGACACAAAGAGUCGAAGGGAAAGAAGAAAAGCCGAAAAGUAACAGAGACAAAACAACUAGAUAAAUAUUUAUAAAAGUAAAAACCAGAAGCGGAAGGGGGAAAAAAGAAGCCGACAAAAGAAAACAUAUACACUUACUCUUAGAACCUAUUACUACUGUAUAAAUUGUCUCAUACUACGCAAUAGGAACAAAAGAAAAAUUGUAAAGCCAGACAAAACAAAAUCUGUAAAAGAAAAAAAAAUGUCACUCGACGUCAGCUCUCUAUGAAAUGUGUAUUUGGUUUCAAGCUGGAUUUUGUUCUUCUGAUUUUGUUUUUCGUUUUCUCCCAAUUCGAAUAAGAUCACAAACAUGUUCUGGUUUCCGUGUUUAAACUUGUACGUUUAAUGUUUUCUAUGAACGUGGAUGUCAGAAUAUCAAAACCAACAGCGUUCUAUUUGCAGCAACACCCACAAAAACACAAUGCGGUACUGUUGUUUCCGUGUAAGGUUAUUUUUCUGUUCGAUUCAGCUCAUUAAAAAUAUAUACAAUAACUGUAGAUUUAAAAUAUCAAAUUUCUUAAUAAAACAUAUUCUUUUGUGAUAUGUUGUAAA